GCAGCGCCCGCGGCCGUGACAUCCUUCCCCGGCCUCGCCCGUGAGCGUGGGCACGGCCGCGGGCGUGCGGGCCUCGCCGCCUCUCAGGUGUGCUGCUCCGAGGGGAGCGCGGCCCAUGGCGUUUGCAUCCCGUCUGCUCUGCGGCAGCUGCCGGCGUCAAUCAGUCUCCUCCUUGUUUACUCCAGUUAUGCUAAUUUAGAAGAUCGAAAGCUGGUGUGGGACUGCAGCCCGGCCCCCGGACAGGAAUCCUUCCCACGGAACUCCAUGAAGGCAUUCUCCCUCUGACGAUUUCAUUAAAGAACCCAAAAUGUGGAGGGUAGUGGCUACCGUCCUGCUGAGGGCCAAAGUCCCCGGGGGCUGGGCACGCUCCCUGCGGCCGCUGCUGCCGGGCGGGAGGCUGCCGCUGGCCGGGGCCGCUCCGCAGCGCUGCCGGGGUGCUGCGCCGGCUGCCGGCAUGAGCCCGCGGCUGCGGAAGGUGGAAGCUCUGGACGCUGGUCACUUUGUCCGUGUGGAAUGGGAGGACGGGAGCGAGAGCCGCUACCCCUGCGUCUGGCUGAGGGACAACUGCCAGUGCCCUGACUGCUUCCUGCGCUCGGCCAAGGCACGCAAGCUGCUCUUUGAGGACCUGGAUGUGAACAUCGUGGCGAAGGAAGUCGCUCUGGCAGAUAGAGAAAAGAUCUCCAUUACAUGGCCCGAUGAACACAUGAGCGAAUAUGAAGCUGAGUGGUUGAAAAAACGAUGCUUCUCUGAAAAAGCCAGAGCAGAAAUGCGGGAGGAUUUGUUUUUACCAGAAUGCCAGCACUGGGGCUCAGACCUGCAGCUUCCCCAAAUGCCUUUUGAAGAGAUCAUAUACAAUGAUGAGAGUGCAUACAAGUGGCUGUGCACCCUAAAGAAAGUAGGAAUCGUGCUACUAACAGGAGCUGCUACUCAACAGGGGGAGUUGGUUAAGCUUGGCCACAGGAUUGGGUUCUUGCGUCUCACUUUUUAUGGACCAACUUGGCAAGUGCAAGACAAAGCAGGUGCCAACAAUGUGGCUUACACAACCGGGAAGCUGUGUUUUCACACCGAUUACCCUGUUCUGCAGCAUCCACCUGGGGUUCAGUUUCUCCACUGUAUAAAGCAAACAGAUGCAGGAGGAGAAAGUGAAGUUGUAGAUGGGUUUCACGUAUCCAACAAGCUGAAGAAACAAAAUCCUGAGGCGUUCCAGAUCCUGUCCUCUACUGCUGUAGACUAUACAGAUGUUGGGGUCGACUACUGUGAUUUUGCUGUGCAGUGUAAACAAAGGAUUAUAGAUGUAGAUUCCAGAGGCCAAGCAGUUCGCAUCAAUUACAAUAAUGCCACAAGAGACACAGUGUUUGACAUACCAGCUGAAAAAGUGAGGCCAUUUUAUGCAGCUCUAAAGGAAUUCAAUGAUUUAUUGAACAGCACAGAGCACAAGUUUACUUACAAGCUGAAACCAGGAGACAUCGUGACGUUUGACAACUGGCGUGUCCUCCACGGCCGCCACAGUUACCCAUCGGGCUCGACGGUCACCCGGCACCUGGAAGGGGCCUAUGCAGACUGGGACGUGGUCAUGUCCAGGCUCCGGCUCCUCAGGAAGAAGGUCCUGAACAGGGACUGAGCUUUCUCCUGACUACCACAAGCCAAACCUCGAUUGUCUCACCUCAACAACAAUCACAUAACUGUGUUUUCUUUCCAGAAAAUCACAUCACGAAUGUGUUUUCAAGAUCCAUAAGCUAAGAAACUUGCCCUUCAGAACAAUUUACCCUGGUCUUUGAAUCUACGAAACCUACUACUGCCUCUGUCCAUUUAUUAGCUUCUUUAAAUCAGUGUGAAAAACGCUUUGAAAGAUGAUCACUUGACUGGGCUGACCAGUUAUCUCAAUGCCUUCCUUUGCCUCUAUGAAUAUACCUGCCCUCCCUAGAAAGCUUAGAGGGCAGCAUCAAAAGAGUGCUUAAAUUAUUACUUACUAGAGGUUUGUUACGAACAGCACCUUCCUCUGUUUUCAGAGAGGCAUUCUUUAUUGUACAAAUUAUAACUAGAAUACCUUGCAGGGUAGAACUCCUCUUGAAUUCAAGAUCUUGUUCAACAGAUGCUGUGUUGUAUAUCCUGUUGUACAUGGGAUAACUAUCACAGCCACAGCCAUUUUUCCCACUUUUCCAAGUCCAUAAGCUCAGAAAUGAUAGAGCUGUCAGAGAACAUGUAUUAAUCUAUCUUUGCAUUAGGAAUACAAAUAAGUCUUGAUGUUGAGGUGGUAGAUAGGGUCAGAAAUCCCAUCAGCUGCUGUGCACUGGUGUAAUUAAGAUCUGCAGGGCAGGCAGGCUUUUGAGCCAAGUCAGGAGCAGGAAUGCUGAUGCUGCUUGGCAACUAGAAACCACAAAGCACAAGAGGUGGUUACUGACCUCAUACCUGACAAAUAAGUGGCAACUGAGCUCUGAUCCAGUUUUUGUUACCUCAAAUAGAAGAGCACACCUCUGUCAGACUUGGUCUGGGGGAUGUUUUCCUCCAGAUUGUGUCCUGAAUAAACCUUACAAUGUGCAAAAGAUUACUGCAGCCAAAAUAGUGGGAUUUUUUUCCCUAGAUGCAUGUGCCAAAUUGAAAGAGAAAGAUUUUUUAAUACUGAGGUUUCUUCUCAACAAUAUGUCCAGUGAGUCUAUAGUUCACUGUCCUUGUAGCUGCAGUUAAGAGGAUGCCCUGUGCUGCAAGCCUGACAAAAUCACCACACUUCCACCAUCUGCUCUGCUCAACUGUUUUUUUUCAAACUAUUCCUUGAAAGUCUAAUAAAACCUGGUGUCUUCCUAACAGGCUGAGACAACAGAACUGUAACUGCAGAACUAAAUGACUGCAAAGUUAAAUUUGUUGCCACAAAAAACCUCAGUAUAAGUGAGGCCCUAAACAUUAGCUUGCAAACACUUCCUUAGCUUCUGUAUCAGAUACCACAGCUGAACAACCAUAUCAAACUAAAUUAGGCUUUGGCUGUCACCUAGCACAGUGCAGUUCAGAUCCAUUCCUCUUUGGUAAAUAGUGACACAGCUUUAGCAUUAAGACAUAACAUUACAAAAAAUGCCUUCUAGUGGUAAUUUGAUUUCUCAGUGCCUCCUUUAACAAUUCAUUUGGGAAACAUGAGGAAAGUAUUUUUUGCUUUUGCUAUAAACAGGAGGGAAAGAUGAGGAAAGGUUAAUAUCUCUCUUCUGUAAGACACCAGCAGCUCUGUGCUUUAGCUGUCAUAUUCUCCAUGUAACAAUUGACAAUUGUAGUUUGUAACUUGAGAGCAGGACAUCUUGGGAUUUAUACCAAUGGUUAGUAGAGAAGAGAGAUCUUCUGCUUUUAUUCUAUACUUUUCUAAGAACUGUUUUAUUCAAAUGUCUGUUUAUUAAAAG